AUGGCUGCAAACGAUCCGCGUCAGCAACAGCAGCAACGAUACACUCAGCAAGUCGUUGGUACACAAGGACCACACCAGUACAGCGCAUCUCCAGUCCCAGCCGCGCAGGGCGCUUUCCACCAGACAGGAGUAGAGGAGUUUCGUUCCGGUACCCAAGUCCCCGCUGUGAAUGUACAGGCCGCGCGAACGACGCCGCGCACUCAGCAAGAGCAGUGGCUGAUCAAUGCGCAUCCCGACCUUCAAGGAAAGACCGUCAUGACCAUACCAGCUAUUCCUGCUGAGCAAGGCACUCUGGGGGCUGCUGUCCAUCCUCGAAUUGAAUUGCUCGUGCCGCGCGAUGUGUGGCGUCUGCGAGCUCUGCCACCACUUCAACGAUAUAUCGCCUACCACCGUAUGGAAGAGCUAGGACGUCGGAUGAGCCAGUGUGACCAAGCUAGCGAAGAGUACCUCCAGAUUUGGAAUCGAAUCGUGAACGUCCAAACGAGCUUGAUGGAGGGAGAGGUGGAGUUGGCGAACAGAUUCAAGCAGAACACGGCCGAGACCAGGGCAAGUUGGAGCGAACUCGUGGCAUCUCAGGCUGUCGAGACGCCAGUCAAUCAGCAAAUGCGGGCUGCCUGUCGCUAUCGUGCCACUGCAUGUGUGACGCCUGCUGAGCAUCUGGCGGUCAAGGUUCAGCCAUCCACAUCUGGCCAAGUGCUGGCACAGCAGAAGCCAGCUACGCAGCAGAAGCCGUUACCGAAGCCUCAGACCCCUAUGGCUUCUGCGCCUAUCGUUGCAUCGUCAGCACCAGAAGAGCCCAUCAAACCAGACCAGAGGAAACAUCCCCAGGACAAGGUUCCCGUCCCUCCAUACCCUCGCGACAAAAUCUCGGACUUCACCCCGCACGAAGUAACCGGAAUGUACAUGUGCAACCACUCAUUCGACACCGCAGUCUGCUGCAAAGUAGGGCUUAAUAGGAGGCAAAAGAUCAAUUCAAUUGGGAGAACCCUCGCGAAGUGGAGAGAAGAAGUAGAAUUCUUGGUCAGAAAGGGCGACUUGCAUAUCAGCCAUAUAAUGUGGAAGAAGGAACAGUCGCCCAAGCGGAAUGAAGACCAGAAGACGAAGCAUGCGGAGAAAGAGCGACUGCGGGGUGAAAAGAAGGCGGAUGCCAGCGCGAAAAAAGAAGCGAGAAAGGAACAGAGGAAGAAAUGGCGAGAGGAGCCACACGAUGAGAUCGAUGCAGGAGCUGCAUCUGGACCUAUUCUAGCACCAAAUCCGCUUAAACAGGACGUCGCGCCUACUUCUGAAAUAGAUUCUGAGCUUUCUGCAGAAGAAGAGACCGCUGCCGCCGAGACCGCAUUUCAAGAAGAAACCGCAAAAAGGCUGAAGAAGUACGAGUGGGAUAUCAAGAAAUGCCGACUCUACGAGAGAGGGAAGAAGUGGCCUAAUUGGUCACGCUUCAAUGAAUGGUGGGCGGUCAAACAUCUUGAGGCUCAGGGUUUGCAGCUCUCACCAGAGCAGGUAAUCAUCUUGAAGGGCGACGAGCCGUCCAGUCUUCGGGACAAGAAUCCCGCGUUCGUGAAGAAGAAAGGUGAGGAGAUGGUGUCGAUGCCGAUCCAGGAGCCGGUAAAGGAUCCGAGCUUGGAUGAUCUGUUCGAGGAUGCGGAUGAAGAUGUCGAGCAAGAUGAUCGAAGAUUGGAUGAUUUGUUUGAGGACAAUGGCUCGGAGCAGUAG